AUGACUCUGCAGUCACCUCCCUCUGUCCGCUCUGACAGUGCUGACAACGCUGACACCGCUGUCAAUGCAGUCAACACAGUUGAAGGCAAGACGGUUUCAACCUCCCUUGCUGAAACCCCGCUGCUUCCUGCUGCCAACCAACUGGCCGCCAAUGCUGCUGGUGAUGCUGCUGCUCAAGCUCCCAACGCUGCCACUGCCAUCACCAGCGCCACUCUUGGCCGCUUCUAUCUCCGCUUGGUGGAUCACCCACAGUUGCUUGUCUGCACGCGUGUUGGCUGCACCCUUGGAGUGCCGCUGACACCCUUGUUCAGAGACGUCACUGCUCACGUGCAGCGUUUCCAUCAUCAGCCCCUUGGUGACGCUUCACGCCGUGCUAUCCAGGCCAUGCUUGAUCAGCUUGAUCUUCCUCUUCCCAAGGACGUCCCUGUGGACCACGACCAGCUGCCGGUGCCCAAGAUCAAGGAGCUGCCUGUGGUGACAGACGGCUACCAGUGCAGUCACUGUUCCUACGCCAUCUUUGCCAGGAACGCCAUGUCUGCCCACGUCAAAGACAAACACGCAGACCUGAAGGUCAAAGCCAAGCCUACGCACCCUGUCCUGCUGCAGGUCAUCCAGGAACACGGCAAGAACAAGCGCUACAUCUAUGUGCAGGACAAGGAGCUGGACCCCACACCUCCGCAGGCCAUCCUCAACGCCAACCUGGACGCGCGUCAGCUGGACAAUGCCAUCACGGCCAGGGCCGCUGCGUUCAUCCAGCAGGACCAAGCUGCUCUCCGUGACGCAGGUCUGCUCAACCCAGUGGUUGACGCGUCCAUGCUCAGCGGCAACAUUGGACCCUGGGCCAAGCAGCUCAAGUGGCGCUCGUACUGGGCAGGCAAGCCGCUGGCCGCCAUUGGCGCUCUGGGUAUGGACACGUCAAGCUGGCCUGGCGCACACCACGACUUUGUUCACUGGCUGGCCAGAAUGGCCAAAGCGUCUGCUCAGCGUUGGAUGCAGACCUUUAUGGAGUCUGGCCGUUACAUGCAGCAGACGUUCCAUGCCUACAGUGACGAGCCGUCAGAGCCGUACUGUUAA